UGAAACACGUGCCUGAAAUCCACGAACAGAACUCCAGCAAUCCCACGGUCCAAAUUCAACGGUGUCCUCAUCUUCACCCAAUCCCUUCUCUACAAAGAAUUCAACCCUCAGAUUGUGAAACACACAUAACACACACUGAACAAAAAAAAAAUCAAAAGCCAAUCAAUCAACCAUGGGCGUAGUGAUAAUCGACGGCACGACGGUGACGGCGUUCGUGAACGACGAGGCGCAUUUCCAGAAGAGCAUGGAUGAGGCCUUUGCGUCGCUGGACGCCAACCACGACGGCGUGCUGUCGCGGUCGGAGCUCCGGCGCGCCUUCGAGUCGAUGCGGCUGAUCGAGACCGACUUCGGCGUGGACGUUGCGACGCCGCCGGAGGAGCUGACGAAGCUCUACGAUUCAAUAUUCGCCAAGUUCGACUGCGACAACAGCGGCACCGUGGACCAGAAGGAGUUCAGGGAUGAGAUCAGGAACAUCCUGCUCGCCAUCGCCGAGGGGCUCGGCUCCAACCCCAUCCAGAUGGCGCUCGAGGACGGCGAUAAGAAUCUCCUCAAGCAGGCCGCUGAUCUUGAGGCCUCCAAGACCAAGACUGCUAAGGUUGAUUGAUGCUUUUAAGAUUUCAAAUAAUAAGUUUGUUGAGACAAUAAAAAUUCGCCUUUUUUUUUUGCUUUCUCUGGCAAGUGUGGUUGCCUGCCUGUUGAGGUUUCAUUGUAAUAUAAUGAAAUUUUAUUGUCUUCUGGAGAUUA